UUAGGUAUACAGGCAUUCCAACCUAUUUUAGUGGAAGGGCGUGCUAUUUGUUUACAUCCAUUAGUUUGUAAGGAAUUCAAUGCGGACUUUGAUGGGGAUCAAAUGGCUGUUCAUGUACCUUUAUCGCUGGAGGCUCAAGUGGAGGCUCGUUUACUUAUGUUUUCUCAUAUGAAUCUCUUGUCGCCUGCUAUGGGAGAUCCCAUUUCAAUACCAACUCAAGAUAUGCUUAUUGGGCUCUAUAUAUUAACAAGCGGGUGUCGUCGAGGGAUUGGUGCAAAUAGGUAUAAUCCGUGUAAUCGCAGAAAUUCACAAAAUGAACGAAUUCUCACGAAUAACAAUAAGUAUACAAAGGAACCCUUGUUUUGUAAUUCCUAUGAUGCAAUUGGAGCUUAUCGGCAGACAAAAAAAAACUAG